AUGGACGAGGACUGCAUACCGCUCCGCGACUCCACCGCGUGCCCGGCGUUCAAUUCAGCUUCCAUUUCAACCAACAGAGAUUUGACGGGCUUGUUCCCGUUUCUUUCUUCCGUGACGGACACAUCUUCUUUCGAUUCGGGUCUGACAUCAUACAUCGCUGGAGGCUUCACAGAAUUACGAUUCCAAGAUCUUAUAGGGUGCUCCAACGUCAACUUGGACAACACCACAGCCUUCUACGCCAGAUACACGACGAGUGUGCUUUGCAAUGCCAUCGUCCAGAACUCCAUCGACGCCUGCGGCUUGACCGGCGAUGCGACAACGCCUCUUUGUGCCAACUCAUGUGCCGACUAUGCUGAAAGCGAGCAGGAGAUCGUCGCCAGCGAUGUGUGUGGCAACGCGGGAAACAAUGCCCUCACUCAGAUCCGCGCCGACUUCACAAAUUGCGCCUUGCCCGCCAGAGCCAUAGCAGGUGAUUGUAUCGAGGGCUCUGCGAAUGAGCAGAACGACUGCGGAUACUCCAACAAUCUCGGAGGUCUGUGUUCGUACUGCAGCAUGAGCUCGCCAAAUGCGACCGACUCCUGCUGCGUGUUCUCCAAGACUACCGAAAGGUGCGAAGGUGUCGUUCUGCCAGUUAUUGCGACGGCAUCAUUGCAGCCGUUGACCACUACCGUCACCGCCACCGGCUCUCAAGCUGCCGCCUCAGCGACUGGCGGUGCAUCCGAGGAUCACAAAUCUAACCGCCUCAGUGGCGGUGCGAUCGCCGGGAUUGUCAUUGGCAGCAUUUUUGGAAUUGCAGCCCUUCUAGCACUCGUAACGCUCGGCUGCCUCGCAGUUCGCCGCCGCAAACAAGCAAGUCCUGCAACAAGUGUCUUCAACCAACCCUACCAAGGCCGCGCUCCUUCGCCAGAGUAUCACGAUGGCGCUGGCGAGAUGUCCGAAAGAGGAGGCGGCGGCCUACCAGUCCUCGGCGGUGGCCGCGUAGCCCGCAUGGCCGCACUGGAAGACGCCCGCGCCGAUGGCCGGCCAGCCUACCUCGCCUCUGGCUACGCCACAACCUCCGAAUCCGACCCAUCCCCAAACAGCCGCCCGCAAGGACCUAAACGCAGUGGCUCCCUCUCCGGCGCCAGAGCAAUGAUGCUCCCCGGCGGCAACAAUCCCAUCAACAACAACGAAACCUCCCCCAGUUCCGGCGGUGAAUACACCUCGCCCGAAUCUCACGGCCAAUCCGAACAACUCGACUUCUUCAAAGACUACUACUCUCAAGAUGAAAUUCGCCCGGGCAACCUCGUCUCCACGCUCUGGGCAUACGAACCGCGUGCCGCCGACGAAUUCGCCCUCGAGCGUGGCGACAUGGUCAAGGUGCUCGGUAUAUGGGACGAUGGAUGGGCGACGGGUACAAGGGUGAGACAGCGCGCCGCGGAGUGGAAACCUGACGGCGAGAUUCAGCGAGAUAGUGGGUUGAGUUCGUCGCAUGGUAAGAGGAAGACGUUGGACGAAGGAGAGGUCAAAGCGUUCCCGCUGGUGUGUAUUUGUUUGCCGCAGCAUUGGGCGAAGACUAUCGAGGGAGACUCGACUGAGGAGGGGCCGGUAUUUGGAGACCGGUGA